GUUUUUAAUCUAUUCGUUUCCCCCUGUGAAGGAAAACACAGUUUUGUUCCCCUUCAGUCUUUGAGGGAACUGAUUAUCCGGGUGGCAAAACUCAUUACUUUCCCCCCUUGAGUCUUUGUGUUUUGCUCUGACAGAAGAAAUCUUAAAUUCCCUGAUGGUGUUUCUUCAGUGUGUUACUGAGCAAUAGCUGUUAACUGCCUUUGAAAACUGUGCUUGUGUUGUUACCCUUUGAAGUAAGCUUAUGAUGAAACUGUGCAUUUUGGAUGAUGGUAGUUCCUGGAAGUGCCCCGGUCAUACAGCAGGAUCAUGCCCUGGAGCCUGACUUAGGGCAGGACUCAACAGAGAAUUCUGCCAUGGGCCCCGACACAGAGCCACCGUCUGAUGAGGGUGGCCCAGAGCUAGAGGAGGUGAGAAAGCUGCAGGAGCUUGUGAGGAGGCUUGAGAUCCAGAAUCAGCACCUAAGAACCAGGAGCCGCAGAAGUAUGCUUGGGACCAAUAUGCCGAGCGAGAUCCACACUGGUGUGGAUAACCAUGACUCUGGUCUUAAUGGAAUGGAAAUUAAUAAUAGCAUCAAUUCUAUCACUGAGAAGCAAGAAUUGCAAAUAAUGGCAGAUCUGCAGAACAAAUUAAGCAAAAUAAGGAAGGAGGAGGGAGAGAACAAUUGCUUAAAAAAAGACGUAGAUGCCCAACUGAAAUAUAGUUGUAACAGUGCUAUUGAGGAACUUUCUUCUAACACGUAUAAAGCGGAAAUCAAGACUGCUGAUAAUUCUAGGUGUUCUUUACGUAUGGAUACAAGUAAUAGCCCAGAGCUUACGGCAAAUCUGGUCAUCACAGGUCUUGAUUCCUCGGUUAAAAUAAAUGAACAAAAUCCAAAUGGAAAACGUGGAGAUCUAGAAAACUUCUUGAAUAAUACAGCUCUGGAUGAAGUGAAAGUUUUAGAACUUGAAAACUGCAACGAAGAAGAAGAUAGCUGGCUGUAUGUCUCCCCGAGGAAAUCAGUUGGAGAUCAGAAAACGGGCUCCCCUUUAAAAUGGUGCCGACAGGUAUUGGACAAUCCCAGCCCUGAGACAGAAGCAGCCUGCCGAACUCUUAUAAACAGACUGGACCAAGCCAGUAGAUGGAAAAACCUGUAUUGCAGUCCAUUGGCAUCACCAAGUGCACAUAAUUUGAAUACAGAGACAGGCUCCUGUAGCAAUGCACUAAACUCUCCCGGGCAUCUCAAAUCGACUAACAAAGCACUACUAACCUGUGGCAGCUCAGGUUACUUGAGCAUGCAUUCUGCACUGAGCUCUCAGUCGUCUGUGGACAGUGAGCUGAGUACAUCUGAUGACUCCAUCUCCAUGGGAUAUAAACUGCAGGACCUGACUGAUGUCCAGGUUAUGGCACGCCUUCAGGAAGAAAGUCUCCGUCAGGACUGUGCCUCUAGCUCUGCUUCUGUAUCGCGUCGCAGCUCCAGUGCCUCCCUCCACUCUCUGCGAAGAGGCACCUACAGUGACCAGGAGUUUGAUACAUACAGCCUUGAGGAUGAGGAUGAUUAUGAUUGUUCCCUGUCAUACCGUAGCGCUCACAGAUAUUCACCGUCUCCGCUCAGUUCACCCCGAUGUCAGUCCCCUUCUGGUGCAGAUUAUAGUAGGGCAUCUACCUCUCGUAUCCGUCCCCCAAGGAGAUCUGUGCAAAGUCCAAUGCAGGACCGCCUGAAGUAUGCAAACAAUGAAGAGGAUAUGCGCCACAGUAUGCCCAACCUGGCUAGAACAAGCCUUCGAGCUUUGGAGUCUGUCAGGAGCAGUCGGAGCUUGGAAUCAGAUCUGCAGGUGCCAAGCAGUCGACUUUCAAGAAUUCAGCAGCCAUCAACAAGUCUGGCUCCCAGUAAGCUCAGGUAUUCCUCCAGUGCUGGGCAGUCUCCUUUAACAGUGCGACAAUCAAUAAAAGCAGGGUCAUGCACAAACUCUCUGUUAACACCUAGGCAGCCAGUAAAAGCCUGCAGCUACGCAAGUCCUGUCAGUGGAGUUCGAAAGCCUCAGACUUCUUCACUUAGUACGGGCUCUUCCAGUAGCAGUUCUACUACUAGAAGCAGUAAUAUGGUCACCGUAGCUAAAAAUUCACCUGUUAAAGCACGAACAUCUGUUGGAGGAACUUCAGUGCCCAAGAGUAAACUGACACCACCAUCCAAGAGAUUUCUUCAAUCAGCAAAGACCAGUCAGACAACUGCUGAUGAUUCCUGGAAGGAUGGGUGUUACUGAUACAUCCCAAAGAGCUGAUGCACUGCCAAACACCUGUGUGGAGCAGAACCCAGCUGGCUGGGCAUGAGAACAUUGUUUUAAAACAAUACUCUUCUCACCAGACCCAUCACAUUGGGGACUGAUUUGUAUAGUUCUUUGCCUCUUGAAUGCAAACUUAUUUUUGGCAAGAGUUUAGCCUCUUAAUUGGUGGAACAGACAACUACUUUACUGUAUUCCUACUGUUCAAAACAUUACUGAAAUAUGAGUGUCUUCACAUGAAGACUGAAACUAGCCUUAUUUCUUAUAAGCCUCUAACUUGCAACCCUUGGAAAGGCCUGUCAGCAGAAACCCAUGACCCACUAAUGAGGAUGGCUUGCUUAAAAAGGCUACAGGUUGGCUUGUUCAUGCCAGCCAGAAGCCUUUGACCUGUUGCUAUGGUGUGUUGCAUAGCAAUGGGUUGGGGAGACUAGAAAUAGCUGUAUAGGUGUUAGAAGUAAGACUUUUUAAAUUCAACCUGGUGUAAUCUGAUGUUUGUCUGAAACUUUUUUUUUUUUACUUCUGUAUAGAAUGUAUUUCUGCUACUUUUUAUUGUUUGUUCUAGAAGAUGAAGCUGGUUUUUAUAACUGUAGUACACUUCCAGGUGUUGUAUUCAAGUGUGUGCAUCACAGUAGUCAGUUCACAAGUGAAGGAGCAGUACACAAUAUUUGUGUGGGUUUGUGAACAGGCAGUUGCAGGGACAGGUGGAUGCUAUUUAAAAACUGCUGUUUAUCAGCACCUUCAUGUCUCAUGAGGAAGCUAACAAGCACUGGUAGUGCUCCCUGACUAAUUCCUCUUGAAGCAUUUCCCUUUGAUCUAUUUCAACUAGUUCUAGUCCUGACUGCCCUUGUUUUUGUAGAAAAGUUUUCUACUGUCUCUUUGGAUAUGAAGGAUUCUGUUUAAAUGAUGUCCUUUUCCUCAGCAAGUGCUGGAGGGCCAUUAAUACAGUCUUAGUACACAAAAUAUGCACUAAUAGCAAUGUUUUCCCUGCCAUCAAUGUGAUUGAUAGUAUAGUUUAAUAAAAUGUUAUGGUGCUGAAAUAGACCUGCCUUACAAACAGUGA